AUGGCCGGCCAGCCCAACCUGCACUCCUUCGCGAGCACAGAUGCGCUAGCACCCUCGCUGCGCAAGUAUAUCCUUGCGGUGCAGAACAGCACCCUCCAAAGCCGCGACACCUUCCGCGUCGCGGUAUCCGGCGGUUCCCUACCCGCCACACUUUCCAAAGCCCUCCUCGCAGACUCCACCAGCGACGAAGACUCCGUCCAAUUCUCGAAAUGGGACAUUUUCUUCGCGGACGAGCGCGCCGUGCCUCUCGACCACGAGGACAGCAAUUACUGCCUGCUAAAGCAGGAUCUGCUGGAUAAGAUCCCCAGUAGUGCGGGCAAGCCGGAAGUGCACCCGAUCGAUGUCGGGAAGCUGGAUGAUACGCAGGAGAUUGCGGAUGAUUAUCAGGAUACGCUGAAGGCGACGUUUGCGUCGAAGGAUUCGGUCAAGCUGCCGCUUUUUGAUCUGAUUCUGCUUGGGUGUGGACCGGACGGGCAUACUUGUUCGCUGUUUCCAUCGCAUCCGCUGCUAAGGGAAACGGAUGCGUGGGUGGCGGCUAUCGAAGAUUCGCCGAAACCGCCGCCGAGGAGGAUAACGCUGACGUUGCCUGUGGUGACUCACGCGACGAAAAUUGCUUUCGUGGCUACUGGUGGAGGGAAGAAGAAAAUUCUAAAGGAGAUCUUCGAGACUGAGGAAGGUGGCAAUCUACCAUGUGGGCUCGUCAACAAGGGAGCCGGGCAGAAGGUCAGCUGGUUCGUGGACGAUGCGGCUGUCGAGGGUGUAUCUUUCCCUCGAAGAGGCAGUUUGUGA